UUUACCUCGUCACUGGAAGCUAUUGUACCCAUCUCUCAUUGGCAGUGUACCUAUAACCUCGCUCAAAACCCUUUCACGAUUUGACGAACGACAGAGUUGACGCACUGUAACCGACCGGACUAUAAUCAUUAGUGAUAUCCUUAGUAUCCUUGCUUUAAGACGAACAAGUAUGUCUGAACACGCUAACGGAAACGCCGCCCAGAAUGACGACAGGAAGCUCUUCGUCGGUGGCCUGAGUAUGGAAACCACGGAGCAGGACGUGCGGAACUAUUUCGUCCAGUAUGGUGAGAUCGAAAGUGUGAACGUCAAGACCGAUUCGCAAACGGGUCGUUCGCGUGGUUUUGCAUUCAUCAUCUUUAACAGUGCCGAUUCGCUGGACAAGGUCGUGGCAGCCGGGGAGCACACCAUCAACGGGAAGAAGGUUGACCCGAAGAAGGCAAAAGCCAAGCAGGGCAAGAUCUUUGUCGGCGGGUUGAGUUCGGAAACGAGCGACGAGGAAGUGAAAACGUUUUUCGGACAAUUCGGUACGAUCGUCGAGGUGGAGAUGCCCUUCGAUAAAAUUAAAAACCAACGGAAGAAUUUCUGCUUCAUCACGUACGAUUCGGAAGCUGUGGUGAGGGAACUUUUGAAGACACCCAAGCAGACUCUGGGUGGUAAGGAAGUGGACGUGAAGCGAGCGGUAUCCAAGCAGGACGGUAUGCAGAUGGGCGGACGUGGUGGAAUGCGCGGUGGACGAGGAGGUGGCUUCGGUGGUUCGAGACAAAGUUGGGGCGGUGGGCAAGACUUCGGUGGAGGGUACAAUCAAGGCGGCUUCGGUGGAGGAUAUGGGAGCGGAUAUGGUGGCAGCAACUACGGCAAUUAUGACUUUUCUGCGUACGGUGGCGGUGGCUUCCACGGUGGAAAGCAGCGUGGUGGCGGAGGUAACCGGCAGUAUCAGCAGAGGCCGUACUGAGACAUUGGUGAAUUAGCAAUUAGGAAAUCUUUAACUAGUUUGUAAGAUACUUGAAAUGAAUAAACUAUAAACAAAAAAGGAUUUCUAUUUUUUC